UACACAGGCUCCAUAUAAUCACCCAGCUGCUCCCUGAGGAGAUCAUUUUGGCCGCAUUGUUCUUGGAGCCAAGAGAUAUAUGACUGUCUUUUGACAGUCGUCCCCUCCGUCGACCCUCCAAAUCACAUCUUUCCUGUUUACAACAUCUUACUCUUGGGAUACAUCCUAUCCUACAGUCUUACCAUGUGUCGACAACCGUCAGAACAAUCGGUACAGGCUGCCCUCAGCGCAAUCGUGCCCAGUCACGUAACGGUCCAUAGCUUGCGGCCCGUUGCUUCCCUUCGACCGCAGAGGAUAUUCGAAGUCAGUCUUUCUGACGGUAAAACGCUCCUCCUUUCACUCCCGCCACAAGCCCUCUUCAGACUCUUGAGGCACGAACAAUCCAUAAUAGGCUCCGAAGCCGCGACAGUUCGAUGGAUCAGGGAUGCUCUUACCAGAAACCACGCGACGAGAUUCACAAACCCAACACUUCAGAGAUUCCUCCCGGCCCUCGCGCAUACAUCCAGUCACGGUCCUGUCGAGCUGGGUUCAGCAUAUAACGUCUUUGAGCAUCAACAUGGCAUCCCUGUUGCCUUGUUACCCUCUCCCCCCAGCCAUGCGGAGCGCAAACGUCUGGAUAAGCACCUCGGUCAGCUUUACCGAUCCCUCUCAUCGAUAACAUCGCCGUCUGGGAGGUUUGGCCCCGUGGCUGCCGUGGUCCCUAGGAUGCCAGGAAUAGAACUGUCGGACAAGACGGCGGGGUUCGGAGAAGGCGGGUUGAUGGCAGCCGACGGAGCAAGGAACUGGUCAACUGCUUUCCAGUCAUUACUAGAGGGUGUUCUAAGAGACGGCGAAGACAUGGCAGUCACAAUGGCUUACUCCCCGAUACGAAGACACUUCAGGCGAUUUGCGCACUUGCUCAACGAGGUCAAGGUGCCGAGGCUGGUGGUUGUCGACAUGGCUGAUGACACAAACACCUUGGUCACCGUGGAGAGAACAACAAGUACAAACGGAUAUAGCAGCAGCUACAUGGCAGCACCCCAACCAGCAGCAUCCGCACCAGCAUCAGACAGCACCGGUGGUGACCGACAACUAACGCUCACCGGCCUUCAAGAUUGGAGCAACUGUGUCUUUGGUGAUCCCCUAUUAGCCACUGUUUUCAGCGACGGCGUCUCGGAAUCCUUCAUGGAAGGCUUCGAAACCGGCCCUACUACUACAAAUGCGAACGAUCUCAGCAGCAGCAGCAGCAGCAGUAGAAACACAAGCGUCAGCACCCACAGCACCAACACAGGAGUCAUGUCCAUCACAGCCAUCACUGAACAAACCACCAUUGCUCCUGCACCAACAAUCUCCAGCCCCCCACCACAACCACCAGCAGCACACGCCGCCGCCAGCACCAACAACACCGACGACAUCUCCUCCCUAAUCGAAGACCUCCCCAACGCCAGCAUCCGCCUCCUUCUCUACCAAGUGUACCACGCAGCCCUUUGCGUAGUCAAGGAAUUCUACCGACCUCGAUCGUCGUCGUCUUCCCCAUCCACCUGCUCCUCCUCCUCCACGUCUCCAUCCUCCUCCUCCUCCUCCUCCAGCUCUCUAAGCACCAACAGGGAACUGGAAGCCCGAAAAAAGCUUACGGAGGCUUUGAACAGGUUGGAGAGUGCUGUGCCGGUGGUAGUAGCACCGAUGAUGGGGUCUCUCCUUUCCAAAACUUCUUGGCAGCAGCACUCUUCUUCCACUUCCUCCUCUUGUUGUUCGACUACUUCCUCCUCGUCCUCGAAGAAGCUAAAGAGUUUCCUCGCUGGUGGUGGGAGUAAUAAUUCGUCGUCGCCUGUUGUGAGUGCUAGGUCGUUGUUACUUGUUGGCGUGAAGGAUAGUAGUAGUAGUGGUAGUGGUAGGAGUAGGAGUAGGAGUAGUGAUAGCGUUCUGUUAGCGAAAAAGAAGUUGCAUCAUCGGCCGAGUGGGGGGGAUAUGAGCCCUGCGAAGAGGGCGAAGAGUGCUAGUGAUGAGGAGAGGGAGUGAUGAACAAACCGAGAAGGAGAGGA